AUGCUUUAAAGUUGUUGAUCAGGGCAGAAGUAAGCAACCGACGGGCUACACACCUGAUGACCUGAAAAGCACCUGUAACGAAUCCUAGUGCAGCGAGGAGGAAGCCUCCAAAGCCUCUUUCUUGUACGACGAAAACCCCGUUUCCUGUCCUCCCUACCCUACCCUGUUCUCUUCAGCGACACCACACAUGCCCAAACUGUUGCUUUCAAAGAAAACAGUUGCCCGUGCUCGGUUGGAUUAUUAUUAUGCUCUAUAAAACCCAUCCUCCGGAGCAUGCAGGAACCCACAGCCUAGCCGAGCCGACACACUCACUCUCGCAGCCCCGGUAGCUAGCUAGCUAGCACCAACUAUGGCGUCGACGUCGACGUCGACGUUUCCGCGCGCCACAGCACCUCAGCUCCUCCUCCUCGUGCUCUCCCUGCUGCUGGCCGCUGCCAGCGCCUCGUCCCUGCUUCCUCCCCUGAACAAUGCACACCCGCAGAGACCUUCGCCGGUGGCGAAGGCAAGGGAGGAGGAGGGCGGCGGCGGCUCGGCGGGGCUGAUCUCGACGCUGCGCGAGACGCUGGACGCGAUCAGGGACGUGGCGUCCAUCAUCUCGUCGUUCCCCAUCAGCGUCGGCGGAGGCAUCCUCGGGGGCGGCGCAGGCGACCUCCGCCUGUCCUCCGCCGUCGCCGACUGCCUCGACCUCCUCGACCUCUCCUCCGACGAGCUGUCGUGGUCCAUGUCCACAACCACCUCCUCUUCGGACGGCUACAGCCCCGCCAGCGCCGGGGCGGGGGCGGGGGCGGGUGGCCGCGUCGUCGGCACCGGCGACGACCGGUCCGACCUGCGGUCCUGGCUGAGCGGCGCGCUCGGGAACCAGGACACCUGCAAGGAAGGCCUGGACGAGACCGGCUCCCCGCUGGCCUCGCUCGUCGCCACGGGGCUCGACGCCGUCACCUCGCUCCUCGCCGACGGCCUCGGCCAGGUCGCGGCCGAGGAAGCAGUCGCGGCCGAGGAAGCAGUCGCGGCGUCGUCGGCCUCCUCUCGCCGCGGCGCGCUCGGCGCCGCCGCCCCGCCGCCACGGUGGGUGCGCGCGAGGGAGCGGCGGCUGCUGCAGAUGCCCGUGGGGCCCGGGGGCCUGGCGGUGGACGCCGUGGUGGCGCAGGACGGGAGCGGCAACUUCACGACGGUGAGCGCGGCCGUGGAUGCGGCGCCGUCGCAGAGCGCGGCGCGGCACGUGAUCUACGUGAAGAAGGGCGUGUACAGGGAGACGGUGGAGGUGAAGAAGAAGAAGUGGAACCUGAUGCUGGUCGGCGACGGCAUGGGCGUCACGGUCAUCUCCGGCCACCGCAGCUACGUCGACGGCUACACCACCUACCGCAGCGCCACCGUCGCUGUGAGCGGCAAGGGCUUCAUCGCGCGUGACCUGACGUUCGAGAACACGGCGGGCCCGUCCAAGCACCAGGCCGUGGCGCUGCGGUGCGACUCGGACCUCUCCGUCUUCUACCGCUGCGGCUUCGAGGGCUACCAGGACACGCUGUACGCGCACUCGCUCCGCCACUUCUACCGCGACUGCCGCGUCACGGGCACCGUCGACUUCGUCUUCGGCAACGCCGCCGCCGUGUUCCAGAACUGCUCCCUCCUCCCGCGCCGCCCGCUCCCCGACCAGAAGAACUCCGUCACCGCGCAGGGCAGGCUCGACGCCAACAUGACCACCGGAUUCGCCUUCCAGUUCUGCAACGUCUCCGCCCACCCCGAGCUCCUCCUCAACAACGCCACCGCCGCCGCCGCGGCUGCGCCGCCGACGCAGACGCAGACGUACCUUGGACGGCCGUGGAAGCAGUACUCGCGGGUGGUGUUCAUGCAGUCCUACAUCGGCGACCUGGUGCGCCCAGAGGGGUGGCUCGCGUGGGACGGGGACUUCGCGCUCGACACGCUCUACUACGGGGAGUACAGCAACACCGGCCCCGGCGCCGGCGUCGCCGCCAGGGUCAAGUGGCCAGGGUUCCACGUCAUGACCAGCGCCGCCGAGGCCGGCAACUUCACCGUCGCGCAGUUCAUCGAGGGCAACAUGUGGUUGCCGCCCACCGGCGUCAAGUACACCGCCGGCCUCACGUCCUGAUCACUUGCUUGAUCCUUCAACCUUGAUGGGUGUAGCCGUGUAGUAUUGUAACCGUAUACGCCUACUACUAUAUAUACUAGCACAAUAGUCCUAUUAUUACUACAUGGUAUCUGUGGAGGAGAAUGUAAGGGAAAUGGUGGGUUAAUUAGUUGUUUGAUUGGACCAGUGUGUGGAAAUGGCGGAGAUUCAGUCUUUUCUUUCUU